CCUUCUUGCAUUCCAAAUUUUGCGCUGCCGUGAGCCAGAUGCUGACGUGACGAGGUCAGGGUGGCCUAUCAGAAUCUGCCUCUUCAAGAUCUGAGGAACUCGAAGAAGCUAAGUGGGGCCCAACCCCGUCUCCGUCUACCCAACAAACAGUGGAUCGUCACCGUAGUUCGUCGCAGCCACCGAUGCUCGCCGGUACGCCCAUUUCACAGCGGCGAAUCAUUGCGUAGAUGAAGACGCCUCAUCCAGCCCUUUCCUUCUGCAAUGCCCUCUCUCUCUUCGCUAAAAAACUCUCAACCUCAAACAAUCCGAGCCAAAUCCCCAAAAACCCAGGAGCGCCGUCCCUGCAUCGUCAAAGCCAUCGCUGUCCUCUCCUCUCAGGGCAAGCUCAGAGAAGCUGUUAAGUCCUUGGACCUCUUGAGAUGUCAUGGUCUGCGCUUAGACUCACGCACCCUUGCUUCGCUAUUGCAACAGUGCGCCAAUACCAGGUCUCUGAGAGAAGGCAAAUGGCUUCACCUACACUUGAAGCUCACUGGGUUCCGGAAUCCCACUACGUUCUUAGCAAAUCAUUUGAUUAAUAUGUACUCGAAAUGUGGUAAUGAAGCAUUAGCACGUAAAGUGUUUGACAAAAUGUCCGGGAGAAAUUUGUAUUCUUGGAAUAAUAUGCUUUCUGGUUAUGCUAAGUUGGGAAUGAUGAAACCAGCCCAGCGGUUGUUUGAUAAAAUGCCAGAGAAGGAUGUUGUGUCAUGGAAUACAAUGGUAAUUGCCUGUGGGCAGCUCGGUUUUUACGAUGAGGCUUUGAGGUUUUAUAGAAAGUUACGUGCCUCAUCUCUGGGAUAUAAUGCAUUUAGUUUUGCUGGUGUUUUGACCGUGUGCGUGAAAUUGAGAGACGUGGAACUUACCAGGCAGGUUCAUGGUCAGAUUUUAGUUACUGGGUUUGUGUCGAAUGUUGUGCUUUCGAGCUCUGUUGUUGAUGCUUACACAAAAUGUGGGGAGAUGGGUGAUGCAAGGAGAUUGUUUGAUGGCAUGCCGGUGAGAGAUGUGCUUUCUUGGACCACCAUGGUUUCAGGAUAUGCCAAAUGGGGUGACAUGAAGUCAGCCCUUGAAUUGUUUGAUAAGAUGCCCAAGAAGAAUCCUGUCUCAUGGACUGCUUUGAUUAGCGGGUAUUCUAGAAAUGGUAUGGGCCACAAGGCCCUUGAUUUGUUCUCUAAGAUGAUGAUACUUCACAUUAGUCCUAAUCAAUUCACCUUCAGUAGUUGCCUUUCUGCAUGUGCCAGUAUAGCUGCGCUAAAACAUGGGAAACAAAUUCAUGCCUAUUUGAUUCGUGCUAAUUUCAGACCUAACACCAUAGUUGUGAGCUCUCUAAUUGACAUGUAUUCAAAAUGUGGGACGCUUGGACUUGGUAAAUGUGUUUUUUAUGGCAUGGGUAAUAAGCAAGAUGUUGUGUUGUGGAACACAAUGAUAUCUGCCUUAGCACAGUAUGGUUGUGGUAAGGAAGCAGUGCAGAUGUUUGAUGACAUGGUGAUAUCAGGUGUAAAACCAAACAAGAUCAGCCUUGUUCUUGUGCUUCAGGCAUGUAGUUGUUCGGGUUUUGUGCUGGACGGUCUUAGAAUUUUUGAAUCAAUGACUUGUGAUCAUGGCAUGGUUCCCGAUCAAGAACUCUGUGCAUGUUUAAUUGAUCUCUUCAGCCGAGCUGGAUGUUUUAAUGAGGUGAUGAGCCAGCUCAAAAAUAUUCAUUUUAAACCUGAUCAUCAGGUUUGGAAUGCUAUACUUGAUGUUUGUAGGAUUCAAGGAAAUUUAGAAGUGGGAAGAAAAGCAGCAGAACACCUUAUUGAGUUGGAGCCUCAAUCCCCUGCAGCAUAUGUAUUAUUGUCAAGCAUAUAUGCUGUGCUUGGAAAGGAGGAAUUAGUGGCGAGGGUUAGACAGCUAAUGAAUGAGAGAAAUGUGAAGAAGGAGAGGCCCAUUAGUUGGAUUGAAAUUGAAAAUGAGGUGCAUGCUUUCUUUGUAUUGGACAGCUUACACCGUUUGAAAGAAGAAAUAUACUCGGUCUUGGAACAAUUAGCCGGCCAAAUGGAAGAAGAUGUCUCAUUAACUAACAUAGAAUAGUAAUAGUUUCCAUUCUUUCUGUUUUCAAUGCACCAUCAGGGAGACUGAAAUCGUAUUCCAUUAAUUUUAGUCUUCUCAAGUUGGUGAGGGCAUGAAAAUUUUUUUUGUGUAUAUUGAUUUUCACUGAAUCUACAGUGAUGUACUUAUGAAAAUUUUAUUCCAAUGUUUGGAUAGCUGAGCACAUGGAAGAUAUUUUUUACUUCCUUUCCUGUAAUUGUUUUUCCUCAUCAUUUCUUUAAUAAAAUUGAUAAAGCUGUUUACCUUU